AUGCGCGAACUGUUCGGCGGUGCCAUCACCGUCAACCUCCCAGACGAGCUCAUCGACGCGUCCGACUUUCGCCAGAUCCCUGACACGCAGGAAGUCUUUCUUGAUAAAGAAUCAGAUGUGAGCUUCGUCAUUGAAAUACUAGAGUUGGUCAACACGCCCAGCUUCGGUGACGCAGCGACUUUCCACUUUGAUUCCCUGGCACACGACAACGACGCGGAAGGCAAGCGAAUAGACGAGGUCGUGCCACCCGUGGAUCUCUCUCCUCCACCGUGUCCUCCCAACCAGCCCGUCCCAACACUUCUUACCGGCAGGCAGUUCGUGCGAAAGUUCAACCGCCCCGAACCGGAUGAAGUGCGCAUCGUCCUCGCACUAUUCCGCAUACCGGCAAAGAAUGCAGAUGUGGUUAUGUCGAUGAACUUUCCCGUCAAGCUAGAGGCAACUGGUCCAGUACCGGACGUGGAGCGCAAGUGGGAAUUCUGGAGGAUCGUGUUUAUGACGGCAGUACAAUCCUUCCAGAUUGUAGACUUCGGGCUAUUUGCUGGGGGCAGCCAGACAAUGCACAGUUGA